AGAAAACCCUGUUGAGUUCGAAUAGAUCUUGGCUUGUUACCAAAGAAAUUCAAAUCCCUUCAUCGGAAGCUAAAACAGAAUGUCAGGAAUGGAACGGCUACAGAGGAUGUUCGCCGGCGCAGGAGGCGCACUAGGUCACCCACCACCGGACUCUCCGACUCUCGAUACAUCGGAGCAAGUUUACAUCUCCUCCCUAGCCCUCCUCAAGAUGCUUAAACACGGAAGAGCGGGAGUUCCUAUGGAAGUCAUGGGCUUGAUGCUUGGGGAAUUCGUCGAUGAAUAUACAGUUCGUGUGGUGGAUGUUUUCGCUAUGCCUCAAAGUGGUACUGGUGUUAGCGUUGAAGCUGUUGAUCAUGUUUUCCAGACCAACAUGCUUGAUAUGCUUAAACAAACUGGCAGACCAGAGAUGGUGGUUGGGUGGUAUCAUUCGCAUCCUGGAUUUGGUUGUUGGUUAUCUGGAGUUGACAUCAAUACUCAACAGAGUUUUGAAGCACUGAAUCAACGCGCAGUUGCAGUAGUGGUGGAUCCAAUUCAAAGUGUGAAAGGAAAAGUUGUAAUCGAUGCUUUCCGUUUAAUCAACCCCCAAACUAUGAUGCUUGGCCAAGAGCCACGCCAAACAACAUCUAAUCUUGGACAUCUUAAUAAACCAUCCAUCCAAGCACUUAUCCAUGGUUUAAACAGGCAUUACUAUUCAAUUGCCAUUAAUUACAGGAAAAAUAAACUCGAGGAGAAGAUGCUCUUGAACCUUCAUAAGAAGAAGUGGACCGAUGGUUUGACUCUCGAACGUUUUGAUACCCAUUCCAAAACCAAUGAGCAGACUGUCCAGGAGAUGUUGGGUUUGGCGGUGAAAUAUAACAAAGCGGUUGAGGAAGAGGACAAAUUGUCACCGGAGAAGCUGGCGAUUGCAAAUGUGGGAAGACAGGAUGCAAAGAAGCAUCUAGAAGAGCAUGUUUCCAAUUUGAUGUCAUCAAAUAUCAUUCAGACAUUGGGGACAAUGCUUGACACUGUUGUGUUCUAGUUCUCUAGAUGAAUCUGUUAUGGGAAAGUGUGUUUUGGUAUACUUGGAAAUGAAUGGAAUGACUUGUUGGAUGGGUUAAGUUGUUUGUUGUGUUGAUGGAUUUUAAUGAACUGAAAUGAAUAUUUCUUUAUUAGAAUGUGUUUUCUUCUA